UGAACUCACCUCCAACCUUAUCUUCUCAUACAUAAAAGAGUAUGGUUUUCUCUUGCUGAGUACCGUGACAAUUUCGGACUUCGGCUCCAAGAACACUGGCAACAUGGCGUCCGCUUCGCUAUCCUCGAUAACACUUCAAAACAUGAGCGCCCUGAAAUCAACGAUUAUCCCCUCCUCUUCCCCCACAAAACCGUUACCGAUGAACCUUAGUGUAAUAUUUAUGUGCCGUCCAAUAAGGAGUAAAGGAGUUAGAUCGUUGGGUGUCGCGAGGUACGAUGAAGUUGUGGUCGACGACGAAAUUGACAAGAUCCGGAGGCUCCAAAACGGGUCGGAUGUGCGUGGUGUCGCACUGGAGGGCGAGAAGGGCCGGGAGGUGGACCUGACGCCGCCGGCGGUGGAUGCGAUCGCGGAGAGCUUCGGGGAGUGGGUGAUCAAGGGCUUGGAGAGCGAAAAUGGGAGGCCGGUCGAGGACGUUAGGGUUUCCCUUGGGAGGGACCCCAGGAUUUCCGGCUCGGCGUUGAGUGUGGCUGUGUUUGCCGGGCUGUCCAGAGCCGGCUGCAUGGUGUUCGACAUGGGGCUUGCUACGACACCAGCUUGUUUCAUGAGCACCGUGUUGGACCCGUUCUCUUACGAUGCUUCCAUUAUGAUGACAGCAUCUCACUUGCCUUACACCCGGAACGGCCUGAAGUUCUUCACGAAGAAGGGAGGGCUGACCUCGCCGGAGGUGGAGGAGAUAUGCCACCAGGCCGCCCGCAAGUAUGCGAAUCGGCUGGCAAAGGUGUCGACCAUGCUCGCCACUCCCCCAACCCGGGUCGACUUCAUGAGCGCCUACGCAGCGUACCUCCGAGACAUCAUCAAGGAAAGAGUGAAUCACCCCACGCACUAUGACACGCCCCUCAAAGGCUUCCACAUCAUAGUAAACGCUGGGAAUGGCUCAGGAGGCUUCUUCACAUGGGACGUGCUGGACAAGCUCGGCGCGGACACCUUCGGCUCGCUCCACCUCAACCCGGAUGGCAUGUUCCCCAGCCACAUCCCGAACCCCGAGGACAAGACUGCCAUGGCCCUCACUCGGGCCGCCGUCCUAGACUACUCGGUCGACCUCGGGAUCGUCUUCGACACCGACGUGGACCGCAGCGGUGUGGUCGAUGCUAAGGGCAACCCGGUCAACGGGGACAAGCUCAUUGCCCUCAUGUCCGCAAUCGUCUUGAGGGAGCACCCAGGGACGACGGUGGUGACCGAUGCUCGCACGAGCAUGGCCCUCACGAAGUUUAUUACGGAUAGAGGAGGCCAUCACUGCCUGUACCGGGUCGGUUAUAGGAAUGUCAUCGAUAAGGGGGUUCAGCUCAAUAAGGACGGGGUCGAGGCUCAUCUGAUGAUGGAAACGUCCGGCCACGGCGCACUCAAGGAGAAUUAUUUUCUUGAUGACGGCGCUUACAUGGUCGUUAAAAUCAUCAUCGAGAUGGUACGGAUGAAGCUCGCGGGAUCUAACAACGGGAUCGGCAAUCUCAUAGAAGAUCUCGAAGAGCCAUUAGAGUCCACGGAACUCAGGAUGAAUGUCAUCGCGGAGCCUAGACAUGCGAAAGCGAAGGCCGUAGAGGCGAUCGAGGCAUUUCGACAAUACAUUGAGGAAGGGAGGCUUCAGGGAUGGGAGCUGGAUUCCUGUGGAGAUUGCUGGGUGAGCGAAGGUUGCCUCGUCGACUCGAACGAAACGCCGGCGGCCAUAGAUGCUCAAAUGUACCGGGCAAAGGUUUCCGACGAGGAAAAUGGGCAAUACGGUUGGGUACACCUCCGGCAGAGUAUUCACAAUCCGAAUAUUGCUGUCAAUAUGCAAUCGACAGUGCCCGGAGGUUGUCGGUCCAUGGCUGCAGUUCUUAGAGACAAGUUUCUCCUUGCCAGCGGAAUGAACAAGACCCUCGACAUUAGUCAGAUUGACAAAUACUUAGGCAGUUAAAAUUAUUAAUUAUAUGUGCCACUCCAGUAGAAGUUAAUCAUAGAAGUUGCUCGAGAAGACUAUUUAUUAAACGUAUACAGGACACUUCAUGUUGCAUAUACAUUAUUGUAUAUAGAACACACUUAUUCC